AUGGCUACUGAAACCGAAGGCACUUUCGAGGUCGAUGGACAGAAGCUCCACAGCAAGACCUGGACACCUCAAGGCCCCAUCAAGGCCAAGCUCGUCUUCGUCCACGGCUUCAGCGAUCAUAUUGGACGCUACUAUGAACUCUUCCCUAACCUCGCUGGCCGCGGCAUCCAGGUCUUCGCCUGGGAUCAGCGCGGGUGGGGUCGUAGCGUAACCAAGCCCGCUGAGCGAGGCCUCACGGGUUCGACGUCCCGCGUCCUCGCCGACGUCGCCGCCUUCAUCCGCGACAAGCUGUCGUCUGCCACCGAUGUUCCCCUCUUCGUGAUGGGCCACUCCAUGGGCGGCGGUCAAGUCCUCGCGUUAGCCAGCGAUCCCCAGUACGACGACCUCGUCAAGCAGGUCCGCGGCUGGCUCCUCGAGAGCCCCUUCAUCGCCUUUACGCCCGGCGAGGAGCCCAGUUUCCUCAAAGUUUUCUUUGGAAAGCUCGCCAGCCGCCUUCUCCCUAAGCAGCAGCUUGUGAAUGAGAUCCCCGCCGAAAACCUGACCCGGGACAAGGCUGUGCAGCAGAGCAUCAAGGACGAUGAGCUGAUGCACAACACCGGCACCCUUGAGGGUCUGGCCGGCAUGCUUGAGCGGACAGACGCGUUGGCCCAUGGCAAGCUGAAGCUGAGCCCCAACGUCAAGAGCCUCUGGCUGGGUCACGGCACCGAGGACAAGACGACGUGCUUCAAUGCGAGCAAGAAUUGGUAUGGCUCGCAGAGCAUUGAGGACUGUACGCACAAGCCGUAUGAAGGUGCCUACCAUCAGUUGCAUGCGGAUCAUUGCAAGGAUGAGUUCUUUAAGGACGUUGGGGACUGGAUUCUCGAGCGGGCGGGUGACUCUGCGAGACCUGAAUCCAAGCUAUAG